AUGGACAAGAUGAUCCUAGAGCGGACAACGAGAGAAGCAGACGCUGCAGCCGACGCCACCAAAGGGUCGGCAAGUAUCGACUUGCCGAUCCGAGAGCAUCCGCAGCAUUCGAAAGAUGUUGCACAUGGGUUUGUGGCUGACGUAGGCUCCCACCAAGACCUCCAGCAUGACACCGCUGACCAGCAGCCACCUUGGCCACGCAGCGAUCCAGAGAAUGAGCCAACCAACCUCCAGCUCUAUCGCAAGAAGGCAGAAGAGGCCGAGGCAGAGCUUCAGCGCAUGGUCGAAGAGGAGCGCAAACUCAGAGAGUGGCUCAAAGCCUGUGCUGAUGCGAAGCGUCAAAAGGAGCUGGAGGAGCUCGAGCGGAAGCGCAAGGAGGCUGAAGAGAAGAGGAGACAGAAGGCGAAGGCAAAGGAGGUGCUCAUGCGGAUGGGACGUUGUCCUGUCGGAUACGAAUGGAUCAAGCAGAGUGGAGGGUACAGGUGCGCUGGCGGAUCUCACUGGAUUGAUGACGGACAGGUUGCGAGUACGAUGAGGUAG